AUGGAUUACGGUAAAGAAUCACCAGAUGAAGGUGUUUCGUCUUCUUCAAGUACAAGUUAUCAAUCGUUUGUUGAUUUGAAAUCCGGUGAUAAUAUUCCGAAAUUAGAAAAUGAUGAUGUUCCUCUACCAUGGUGUUAUCCGGUUAGUUCAUUUUCUUUUCAAGUUUUUGUCUUAUUUUUGAGAUAGUGAUUGUUUUUCAGUUUGAACUUUUUGAGGAAAAAUGAGAUUGUCCUUUCAAAGCAAAAAAGCAACUGUGCUCAAAAAAAGUGCAACAAAAUUCUUGGAAAAAAACGGUGCCUUUUUAGGUGCGGCGCGACAACAAAUUUUGAGAAAUUUGACGCGCUUACGGUACCGGUGAUUUUUUUCUCCUUGUUGGAGCGCUUUAAGCGCGGCUGGGUCUAUCUCUCAUUUUCGAAAUUCAUAAAAGUUCAAACUAUAUAUGGAAGCUUAGAUGAACUGUUAAUCCGAAUUUUGAAAUCAAAUUCUGAGUGUUAUUCUGAUUUGGGUCUUCAAGAGUCAUCGAUGACGAUAUAUGUUCUAUAAAUAUUCAGUAAAUCCUGGAAUUUAAUUUCAAAAAUUGGGAUUAACUUUUUUGAGCAAUAUAAAUAUUUCUAGUUCAUCUAUGCACUGAAAAUAAUCUCUAGUUCUAAAUCAGAAAAUAAUCAAUUUGUUAUUCCAGUCUUUCAUCCCCACUGCUGCUGAUUAUUCAAAUUUUCGUCAAUUUCAUAAUCUCGACGAUCAAACAUCAGGCGUCCAACCUCCACCACCAAUUCCGCCGCCAACUGCAUUUUAUCCAGGAUACGACACCCAUUUUCACUAUUUUCGACCACUUCUUCACGCCGACACGAGCCAUUCAUCAAGCCGUAAAUUAUUCUUGAUUUUUUUCACUGCAUCUUUCACAUUUUUGAAACAGGCUUGAAAAAAAUUGAAAAAAAAAAGAAAUGUAGAAUAGUGUUAGAUCAGAGAGGGUGUUUAGAGAACGAACAUGUGUCGAUUUUGAAAGACAGAAAAUGUGUUGCAAAACUUUUUUAGCGUUUUUUGAGAGAAAGAGAGGAUUUAAUUGAUGAGACCAUUCGACAUCACCAAAGAGAUUUCUAGAUUCAAUCAUUUUUUUGCAACAUUUUUCUUGUUAGAAAAUAUCAAGACACAUAUAACUAGAGAGAAAUGAGCAAUCAAUCAGGGACUCUUUUCUUUGUUUAUUAUGAGUAAUAUGAGUAAUUCUCAAUUUUCGACAACUCUACAGUACUCUUUAUGAGUUAUUGUUUUGUUUUAUAUUUCAUUGGAGAAAAAUAGUAGAACAAAAAGAGGGUGCAUUAUGUAUAUAGAUUUAACAGACGCUGUGCUGCUGUGCAAGUUGCGCAAUAAUCUUUUUUCUUCUCCUACACCAAUUUUUCCCUUCCCUUUUUUACUUGCGCAGUACCGCUUCUUGUUGUUUUGGGUGUGAAAAAAGACAGAGAGAGAAAAGCGGGAGGGCCGAAAAAUAUGUUUUGAUGUAUCCAUGAAUCCGAGAAGUAAAAAUUAGGAUAACAACACCAAUUUUUUCAAUUUAAUAAUUGAAAAUCGAUUCAUCAAUCAAAAAAAAAAUUAUUUUAAUAAAUUUGAAAAACAUUCACUGCACAAUUAUUGAAGCAAAAAAAUAGAACAAAGAGAUGAACAAUACACGUGCUCAUUAUAGUAUUCUUUAUCUGAAGGGUGGUAAUUAAAUCUAGAUCUACAAAAAUGUUUCCGCACUAAUGAAAAUGACGUCAUAAUUAAAAUAAUUAUAAUUUUUGCAGUGUCCAUCUCGACAAGCUCGAUUUCCCCACAAUCAACAAUCAACUCAUCCUCAUCUUCAUCCUCAAAUAGUCAAAAGGCUGUGCAUAUUUGCAAAGUUUGCGGUGAUAAAGCAUCUGGUUAUCAUUACGGAGUAACAUCUUGCGAAGGAUGUAAGGUAUGUGAUUUAAUUACACCUUUUGCAAUCCAAUCCAAUCCAAUCCAAUCCCAACUCUCUUCUUACAUAUUUGCACUUGUUGCGUUAUUUCUCUAAACUCUCCAUUUUUAUUAUUAUGUUUAACGUGUUGCGCAACAAUUCCUCUUCCCCCCACGUAUUUUUUAUUAUUAUUAUUUCUUAUUAAUAUUCCUAUUCCUAUUCACAUUUUUUUAUAUUAAUGGGAUAGGAGGAAUAGUGAAGUGAAAAAAAAACACAAAGAUAUGUAGAAAUUCAAAUUUUGCCAUUCUUGAAGACAAAAAAUGCACAAAGGCAAUAAAUAAGAUUGAUUUUUUGGGACGAUUUGCAGUCACACAUGUCUCUGUUUUUUAGGGUUUUUUUCGGCGGAGUAUUCAAAGACGAAUUGAAUAUCGAUGUUUGAGGGAUAAAGAUUGUGUUGUGAAAAGAGAGAAUCGGAAUCGAUGUCAGCAUUGUCGAUUCAGAAAAUGUAUCGAAGUUGGAAUGUCGAAAGAUUGUGAGUUUAAACUGGUUUAGUUGCUCUUGAAACUUGGUGAAUAAUUAACAUGACAAAAAUUUGAAAUGUUCUUAAUCUUGGAUAUGAUUAUUAAUAGAUUAAAUGUGAUUACUUUUUUUCGAUGUCUGGUAAUUGGAAUAAUUUAAGAAAUAUUAAAUUUCAUAAAAGUACAUUCAGGGCAACUCAUAAGUUAAUACAUCCUAAUUUAAUAGACGCUAGUGUAAGUUACUGAAUGAAAAACAAGGCAUCCAGAGUCUUUGAAUACUGUUGAACCAUUUGGUAAAAUUAUAACAUGUUUUGGGUUUGCAACACAUUUUUUUGAAAAACUCAAAAGCAGCCUGAUUCAUGAAUUAGAAUAAUUGUCAUCCUCUGAUUCAGAUGUUAUAUCUGAAAUCAGGACUAAUUGAAAGUUCAAACUCACCGGAAAUAAUACAUUAAAAUUAUUUUUCAGCUGUGCGACAAGCUAAAGGAAAGAAAGCACAGAUAAAAAUGGAAGUUGUUGCAAAUCCUGAUGAAAUUGUGUCUUCAAGCACCAGCCCUGAACCGAAAACUUCUGAUUAUAUAAUGGUAACAAGAGUUUCUUUUCUUUUUCUCAACCUAUUUCAUCAUUGAUUUUCAGCUCUGCCAAAGUCUCUCGAAUUCGCAUAUCAAAAAUUGUGGACAUACGGAUCUCAAAGUUAGAAGAAUGAUUCCAAAACCAUUUGAUCUCGGAAUAUAUAACAAUUUAUCCGCUGAAGAAAUUCGAAUCAAUGCAUGGCAAAUUUAUGCGAAUGAAAUUAUUCCGGAUUUUCAAGGUGUUGUAGAAUUUGCAAAAUCAAUUCCGAAAUUCAGUGCUUUGCCAUCAAAUGAUCAGGCACUUUUAUUGAAGAAUGUGUUUUUCGAAGUUUAUCUUAUUCGAAUUUCUCGUGGAUUUUCACAAAAAGGAUUAUUAUUGACUGAUGGAAAGAUGAUCGAUUUCAAAACAUUGCAAAUUCUAUAUGGAAACCUUGCCGAAAAAAUGCUCGCGUUUUGUUAUAGCCUCAUUGAAGUGAAUUUGAAUGAUGAUGAAAUUGCGAUUUUCAUAGCUUCCUUGAUCACAACACCUGAUAUGAGCAACAUUCAGAGCUAUACAUCAUUUUCAUCAAUUCAAUUGCUGAACACUUUGAUGACUAACACACUUCAAAGAAAAAUUAGCGAUCGAAUGAAUGGAGAAUCAAUACUAACACGAUUAAAAGAAAUGAUGAUAGAUCUCAAAAAACUAAGUGAGUUUCGAGCUUUCAUCUUUUUAUCGUUUUUGAAACAAGAUUUAAUGUGCCAAAGAAAAUUGAUGUAACUACUUCCAGGUAAUCUACACAACAUCGAAAUGAAGUUUUUGCGGGAAAACUCAUAUUACAUGACUCUACCACCACUUUUCAUGGAGAUUUUUAAGAUUGAUAGAAAAGUUCUUCAAUCAUAUAACCAGCCCGUAAGUUUUGAAUUCUUCUCAAUGAAACAUAAUUGUCUUUUUUCAGUUCGUCUCAUCUCAACCAACAGUUUAUUCAUGA